AGCGAUUAGUGCUGCCUGGGCCCUGCGUGCCCUGCGUGCCGCGGCUCUUUGCGUCUGCGUACUGUGUUCGCCUCCCUUUCUGAUCCCUCGGCCGCCAUGGCGCCCGUGAAAAAGCUUGUGGCAAAGGGGGGCAAAAAAAAGAAGCAGGUCCUGAAGUUCACCCUUGACUGCACACAUCCUGUAGAAGAUGGAAUCAUGGAUGCUGCCAAUUUCGAGCAGUUUCUCCAGGAGAGAAUCAAGGUGAAUGGCAAAGCCGGGAAUCUCGGUGGAGGGGUGGUCACCAUCGAAAGGAGCAAGAGCAAGAUCACCGUGACUUCCGAGGUGCCUUUUUCCAAAAGGUAUUUGAAAUAUCUCACCAAAAAAUAUUUGAAGAAGAAUAAUCUACGUGACUGGUUGCGCGUAGUUGCUAACAGCAAAGAGAGUUACGAAUUACGUUACUUCCAGAUUAACCAGGAUGAAGAGGAGGAGGAAGAUGAGGAUUAAAACUCCUUUGUCUGGAAUAUUUUUUAUGAGUUCUUGAAUAAAACUUGGGAACCAAAACGGUGGUAUAUCCUUGUAUCUCUACAGUACGGAUUGACGGGGAAAUUGGCAGUCACAGCCAUGGGCUUCACUGGGCUGCUGCUCACUUACAGUUAGACUUUUUUUCUGCUUGAAAACUCCAGUUCCCAGGGUGGCAACACCAGAAAGUCAGGAGGAGGCUGCUUGAGGGAACUGAGAACCAUCCACCCCUGAGCCGGUAGAGGAGGGUGUGGAGAUGGACAGCAGACUUGUCCUUUUAUUUUAAAACAUGUAACAUUCAGUUUCAUUUGAAUGUGAUCUCCAAGGAAGAUUCAGGAGUGAGUAUAUAAUGUGGUUCCUCAGUCAUGGAAAGCAAGAUAGGUGAUUUCUUUCCAGGAAAAUGGCAGUGUCAAUAAAAUGCAGGUUUCUGGGACAUUUGUCUACUUUUUAAUUCCAAGUUAUUCUUGAUGCUCACAGUUACAUAUGCUAAUCCUUUUUCUUCCUAUAGAAAUAAGAUGUGAUCCUUUAGCCUUCUUGCAUAUUCUGCUCUCCAUAAAAGGGUUCGGAGAGCAAUUGUGAAAGUUCUGAAGUAAAUGUGUACAGAAAUGAAUUUGUAAACUGUGGCUUCUGCAAGUCUUUGCCAUUCUGGUGUCCAGCAGAGGGCGCUGGAGACAGCGGCAGAGCUUCCAGGUGUGGCCUGUCUCAGGUGGGAGCCCUUCCAUGCCCAGGGCUCGGGCUUGCCCGUUAGGGCAGGAGGAGUGGGGUUAGUUGCCUGGGAAACCUGCUUGCCUCUUAAAUCUCCAAAUGGACUUCCUGUCAAGUAGGCUACAGAUGGGCUGAGGUUGUAGCUCAGUAGCAGAGUGAUUGUUUAACUUUGAGGCCCUGGGUUUGAUCCCCAAAUAAAAGGUCCAGACACAAACUGAUGGCCUGCUAGGUACUGGGGUGAAGAAGCAGCCUCGCCUAAAGGUGUUGAGGGCGACUGAAGAGCCCCGAUGCCUUAGGAGCCCUUCUGAAAUCCAGGCAGUUCUGCAUGAAAAUUAACAUUUUUAAAGAGCUUGUCUACAGCUGACUCCACUGGAAAUGAAAUGUUUAAGUUCUGUCCGGGCUCCAAGUUAAUGUGCAGUCCUUCUAGGAUUGAGUCUGGCACGUCGGGGCUCUGCAAUUUCACCUGUGGCAAAGGCUCUUCGUUUUCCAUUUCUAUGCAAAUCUCUUGAAGCAGAAUUGUUUGCAGAUUUCCUCAUGGAAGGCAGGAUUUCUUUCAAACCUGAGGGAGGUCUGGGUUGUCUUGGAUUGUGUUCUUACCGUGAUGCUAACUUUGUAAGUCUGUGGCUUGGAUUUGCAAAUUUUACUUGUUCCGUUGAUGUUUCUAUGUGGUAAUUUUCAGUUUGGUUGUAAAAAGGGUCUGGGCUGAAUUUAGCAUUAAGAAACAUCCCAGAUUUUGAGAUUUGUAAUAAAAUUGAAACUUACUGUUUUUUCUAUGCCUUUUUGAACUCUUGUAAUUGGGUUUUGAUCACAUUUUAUAUUAAAGUGGCUAACACAUGG